AUGACCGAAAAAGACUGGGAAACCACCCAAGUCUUAAUAUGCGGCUGCGGGCCAACGGGAGCCUUGCUUGCAGGUUAUCUCUGCCGCAUGGGCAUAUCCAGCAUUAUUCUCGAAAAAGAAACCUCUAUUGCAACCGAUCCUCGAGGAAUUGUUCUAGAUGACGAUGGAAUUCGGUUUUUGCAAGGACUGGGUCUGUACAAACAUAUUUUCACAGAGAUUGGCCCCUGUAUAGAUAAGGUAAAAUUCAUUGGUGGCCAUCAUCAGGACCUUGAGCGAGAGCCGUUUUUGAGCAUCGAUAUGGAAUCGUCUGAGGGAAAUACCGGUCAUGCUGGGAUGAUAGGACACAAGCAGCCUGCGCUGGAAAAAUAUCUGCGAACAGUCGUGGAGUCUUCAAAGUUAUCCCAAAUCAGAACUCGCUGCACCUUGACAUCUAUACAAGAAGACAAAGACUGGGUAUAUGUAACGUAUACAAACAGCGCAGGCGAAGAGCGACAAGUCAAGUCUCGCUUCUUGGCUGCUGCCGAUGGAAAAACCGGCUUCACUAGAAAAAACUAUCUCGAACCGAAAGGAAUACGUUUGGAGUGGGCUGAACAAGCGAAAUAUGACGAGACAUGGGUUGCGUUGAACUGGAAAAUACACCCCCCUACUCCAGAAACGCAUCCCUCAUUUCCGCUUUGGGCUCUCGGCUACUCGCCUCGGCAGGUGUACGACUUAUUUUUCCCCUUGGGAUUUCGUUUGUUGUGCAAUCCACGUCGGCCGGCCGUUUGUGGCAGGUUCGGUCCCCCGGAAGACCAUCUGUGGCGCUUUGAAUUCGUUGUUGGUUCCGGCGAAGACGAUAUGGAGAUGACACAAUUGCACAAGAUUCGCGAAGUGGUGUUUCCUUAUUUUACACAUCCAGGAAGUCGAUACGGCCUGAAGACCGACGUCAAGUUCCCCGAAGACUGUAUUGAAGUUCUCCGAUCACGACCAUUUCGCUUCUAUGCACGUAGUUGCAACAAAUGGGCUUUGGGGAGAGUGAUACUGUGCGGAGAUGCUGCACAUGUCUUCCCUCCUUUUGGAGGUCAAGGAAUCGCUUCUGGGUUCCGCGAUGCCAUUUCUCUUGCCUGGCGUCUUGCCAUAGCCUGCCGCUCUGAUGUUAACUAUGAACAGCUUUUCAAGGGCUGGUACUUGGAGCGCAAACAACAGCUGGAGCAAUCUCUGGCCUCAACGGUGCGCAACGGAGACAUGGUUACCAGCAGUAACCCGCUUCUUAUCUCAAUACGUGACUGGUCCUUUUGGACCUUGCAGCUAAUUCCCAGCUGGAAACAUUGGUUACAGCGAGGGCCGCGCAGUGAAGCUCCAGUGUCGUACAAGUACACCAUGGGAAUGCCAUUUAUACCGGACAAAAAAGGCGGUGUAUACUUCCCACAGACAUAUUGCGCGAGUUUGGGCACGCCUAAUGAGAUAUAUUUCACUGACGAUGUUAUAUUUGAUCAGAACCAAGGAAACAAGUUGUUUCGGGUUGUGGUGCUUUUGAAUAGGCUGAACGAAAUGAGCGAUGCAGUGAAAGAUAUGCAAGCAGUUGAAGGUAUCAGUCAAGAUCUAGCCUUGGACGGAACCACUUUUUUUGUUCCAAAAUGUUCAUUACCGGAUUCCGCCUUCGACGAGACAGUCCCUGAUGGGCUUGGUGAUCGAUUGUUUCGCAGUGCAACUGCUGAGGAAUUUGCACAGUCGGAGCUUUGCAAAGACCGACCUUUUCCACGAGGUUAUAACGAGCUCUUAAUGUGGCAGGCUAGCAAGGGAAUGCGCUACGUGAUUUUGCGACCAGAUAGAUUUGUCUUUGCCAUGUGCCAGUCGAGGCUGGAGCUAGAACAGGCAGCUAAAAGACUUGUAGAUAUUUUUUGA